AUGUCACGACGCGAUAACAUGAUUACAAGCACUGUUGCUCUUUCGGUGCAAAUCGGUCUUCGAAGUAUUGGGUUUUGGCCUAAUACACCUUGCGCCUUGUUGUUUCGAUGCCUUUGGAUAUUGACCAUCGGUAUAGUGCAGACUUUCCAAUAUUGGUGGAUCAUUAUUCACCUAAGAACUGACGAUAUAUCGUACUUAAUGGAUGGUUUAAGUGUCACUAUAGAGUACAGCGUGAUGUCUCUAAAACUGAUUAUUUUGUGGUUCAAUAGUCGUAUAUUUUACGACGUCCUAGCUGCGAUGGCUGCAGAUUGGAGGGAAGCCACCAGCAGCGAAAUGCACAUCAUGAUGAGCAAGGCAAAUCUAUCGCGGCGCUUUUCCAAUGUUAUCAUCGGGCUUCAUUCAGUAGCGGUGAUGUGCUUCGGCAUUGAGAUGCUCGCAUCCCAUACCAAUGAUGCCGAUUAUGGAAUCGAGACGCCUGUUCGCGCGUUCACAUUGAAGCUACAGCUCCCGUUACAAUGUAAUGAGUCGCCGCUGUACGAGCUCGUUAUGAGUCUGGAGUUCCUUCAUCAAUUGGCAUCUUCCACUGCGACCGGCAUACUUAACAGUCUACUCAUCACGUUGAUUCUUCAUACGAGCGGUCAGAUAGAAAUUUUGUGUGAUACAUUAAGAAAUAUCUCUCCCAAAAUGAACAAUCAACAACUAACUUUCUGUAUGAAGGAAGCGAUUGGCAAGCAUCAAAAGAUUAUUACUUUUUCAGAUAAAAUUGAUAAAAUCUUCUCUUAUAUAGCGCUAAUUCAAUUCAUGUCGAGCACACUGCUAACGUGCUGCAUAGGAUUCACGGUCAUAACAUCCAUUAACACGCAAGAUUCGGAUACGGUCGAUGGCACGGCACUAAUGAAAGCUGUAGUGUUUUACAUGGCUGCUGCCGUGGAAGCAUUUACUUUCUGCUUUUGCGGAGAAUACCUCACUGCCAAGAGCAAAAUGAUCGGCGAUGCAGCGUACAAAUCAGUUUGGUACGACUUUGCACCCAAGGAGAGUAAGCUCGUCUUGCUUAUAAUAUUGAGGUCACAAAGAAGACUUACCAUUACGGCUGGAAAUAUGAUGGAUUUGUCACUAGAGGGAUUCACGAGUAUUUUAAAGGCCUCUGUUUCGUAUGUAUCAGUAUUGCACGCGAUGUAUUGAAGUUCAAAGGCAAGCCAUCUAGUAUCUAGAUGGCCAUUACAUGUUGUUAAAGAUAUUAGGAGUUUUUCUUAACGGUUUUUUCUUGACAGUUUUUCUGUGAUGCAUGUGAAAUUGCAUGAUAAUAAUUAUGUAAAUUAAAUGUAGCACAAUGUAUCAAUUUACACAGUUUGUAAUAAAAUAUUUUAGAUUUCCAUGGU